AUGCACAAAUUAGACCAAACUUCACCAACACCUACCUUACGCAUUCUUACUUCCAUUCAGAGAGAUAUGUCACCUUUAAACGAAAAAUGUGGAAAUUUAUUACAAUCUGUCAAUUUCUGCAGCGAUUGUGUUAGUGAUUUCGAAAAAACAAUAUCAAUUCUCAAUAAAAUAGUUAUAGAUAUCGAAAAGUUAACCAAGGAUAAUCUUGAUCUGAAGAAAGAGGUAGAAAACCUCAACUCUCGAGUUGAUGCGUUAGAGCAACAACUAAGAUCUAACAACGCUGAAAUACAUAGAAUAUCAGUCAAAAAUAACGAAGAUAUUGUCAACAUAGCAUUGGAAAUUGGAAUUGCUGUUGAUUAUCCUACCACUGAAGCUAAUAUCGACUCUUUUUAUAAAGCAUCGACCAAUGAUGUAAGUAGACCAAAAUCUAUAAUAUAA